CCUGUCAUCAUCAUCAACACCAAGGUUAUUAAGUAACAUAGAAAAUAUUUGUAUGUGUCAUUGAAGGAGCGUCGUUUAUUUUAACAGAAAUCGUAUACAACAUAUUUUUACGAGUCUUUAAAUUCGUUUGUAACUCAUAUUAAGGUUUAACAAAAAAUAACCGUCAUUUUCGUGAUCGUACGUUGAGAGCAAUUUCUCGCGAAGAAAUCAUGUUACAUUUCGGACUUGCACUGUGGGCUGCUCUAGCCUGUGUCCCGGGCGGAUGUGCCAUGGAGUUGACCCGGAUGGAGACUGUGGCCACGUGCGAGCUGGAAACUUGCGGUCGGAUGAGCUACAACCAGGUGCGCGAGAUGUUCGGCAGCCUUCUGAUGACCAAGAAGCAGAUCUACGAAAUGGAGACGGCGGCUAACGAAAACCGCACCCAGUACCUCAUCGCGAGCGGGGCCAUAGAGUCGGUAGCCAGCAGUUUCAUCGAUGACGACGGCGGCGCCUGUUGUUCCACGCGUGUGGUGCACAUAGCGAACAGAACGCUGUACAACCUACAGGGACAAUUAAAGACAGUGAUCCAUCUGGCGGACGCCAAUACGCCUAGCUACCAGUACAUUCCACACGCCUCGUGUGUUUCUGUGGGUGACUGCAAAGGUAAAUGUAUACUUGAGGCAAAACUGACGUCACUGCUCGUGAUCGACUUCGCCACCGGAUACAAGUUUGACUGGUUCCUUAUACCCGGCUACUGCUCUUGCAAGAAUAUCUACGUGUAAUCUGGCUCACAUCACUCGAAUAUUAAAGUCAAACUCGUACACAACAAUUCCAUUAGCCUCCGCUGUCGACUCGAAAACAAGUUUCAACUUCGGACACGUCCAGCCGAUUUAAACGAAAUGCAACAUACCCUUUAUUACCACGAAAAUGGUUUUACCCAAUAAAAAGACAUUAACAAUUAUUUAUGACAACACUUGCGGUUCUUAAUAUCAACUUUAAUUUUACACCGUUAUGGCAAGAUUCUUUUCCUAUUUUUAACCUUUGAGUUAUUUAAAUUUUAAAAACGGAUGUGUAUGCGAUUUGCCCUUUUGGGAUAUUGAGCGUAACCGGUAUCAUGUGUUUGUACUAACCUAGGUAUUCCAAUAAAACGGGUUUACUGAAAGCAUUAACUGAUAUUAAUGUCGCACAGUUCUCAAAUAUACGUGCUGAUUUUUUUGCUUAUUCGUUUUUUUUUCUAUGCAUUUGUCUAGUUGUGAAGAAAUAGUAUA